AUGAUUCAGAAUGGCAGGGCUCAGAAAACCAGUCCUGGACAGCACAAGCACUGUGAGAAAUGUUUCAACCGGCAAUGCCAAGUCCCAGUCGAGCUCACCAUCUCUUGCCUAGUGAUCAACUGCCAUUCACGCUGUGGGGCUGCCUUUCAUAUGUGUAAACAGGAAGAACACCAACUCUUAUGUCCCCUAGAGCAGGUCUCAUGCCUCAACUCAGUUUAUGGCUGCCCUUUCUCCAUGGCCCGUUUUAAGCUGGCAAAGCACCUUCAGGUCUGUCCAGCCAGUGUUGUCCACUGCUCUAUGGAAUGGAAUCGCUGGCCAAAUGUAGACUCAGAAACCAUUCUACAUAAGAACAUUAUGAAGGAGCCACAUAAUGAUCAGUAUCUAGAUACAGCCCUAGCCCUCAGAGAUCAGAAGAUUCUUUUUAGAACUCUGAAAAUGGUUGAGCUAUUUCCAGAAUGGAGAGAAAAUGAUAACACAGAAGAGCCAAUAGCAGGUUUGGAAGAAGGAGCCAUUGGAGGAAUAGCAUGUGAUUCUAUAGAAGCUGAUGGCCAAGUUGCUGAGCUUACCCAACAGGAGCGUGAGGAUUUGGCAAAGGAUAAGAAGGGGAUGGAUCUAGUAAGUUACAAAGCCUGGGAGAACAUGUUUAGCAAAGAGCUUUCAGCAUUGAAGGCAACAGAUGUUUCAGCAAACUCGGAAAAAAAGGAAGGAGAUUGCUACAAGAAAACAGGACAGAUUCUUUGUGAUGGCAACCCCAAAGAGAAGACAAAGGAAGCAGCUAUUGUGGAAGAGCCAAAAGAAAACAAAAAUAAUCAAGUGAUUACAGGUGCAGAAAAGACAGGUCUGGCUCCUUGGCAAGAUGGGAUCCUGGAGAGGUUGAAAAAAGAAGUUAACGUAGGGGAUUAUAACAUGUACCUGGUGCAUCAUGGGAGAAUGCUCAUCCAUUUUGGUCAGCUAGCUGCUUGUACACCAAGAGAGAAAGACUUUGUGUAUGGGAAUUUGGAGGCUCAUGAGGUGAAGACUGUGUGCACCUUCAGAGUGCCAGUUAGCUAUCAUGGCAAAAGAGCACAACUUCGAGAUUCCUUGGCAUACAAGACAGCAAUGAUGGACAAGUCAGUGGAUACUUCAGAUUUGCAAAUAAGCCUUGAGGAAUUUCCUAAAUCAGAUACAGCCAGAAGUACACUAUUGUGUGCAUUGGAAAAGGAACUGAAAGGUCAUGAGAUCUCAGAAGCAAAGAAUAUUGAUGGACUGUUCAUGGAUUUUGGGACACAGACAUACAGCUUUCAGGUGGAACCCUUCUCCUCUAGAGCUGUUCUAGCGGAUGUUCUGGAUAUAAAAAGCCCACCAGAACUCCAUGUAGAGCUUCAUACUGAGUGUGUGACUAGAAGACAUAACAAAAGCUGCUCAGCCUUCACAUUCACUUGCAAUCACUUCUUCAGGAGGGAUGAGUUUCCUUCACAUUUCAAGAAUGUUCAUGCUGAUAUCCAGUCCUCUCUAAAUGGAUGGUUCCAACAUCGUUGUCCACUUGCCUACUUGGGAUGUACUUUUGUUCAAAACCGCUUCUACCCUGCUAGUCAUAAAGCAAAGAUUAUCUACAGCCAGCAUCUUGAUACAUUUGCUAUUAAACCAGAAGUUGAUCCUGUGCUCUCUGAAAUACAGAAAUGCAAUUUUACAACAAGUAAUCAAGGAAAAGGUAAAGAAUCCCUGAGCAGCCUUCCAUUGGAACUUUUACAGUAUAUUGCUGGGUUCUUGGACAGCUUCAGCUUGUCUCAGCUGUCCCAAGUGUCUGUACUGAUGAGGGAUAUCUGUGCCACUCUACUUCAAGAGAGAGGGAUGGUCCUCCUGCUGUGGGAGAAAAAAAGAUAUUCCCAUGGAGGUACUUCAUGGAGAGCUCGCAAAAAGAUCUGGCAGUUUAGCAGCCUGUUCUCCCCUGUUAACAACUGGCAGUUCGGUGAUGUUCCCUCCAUGUCUGAACACCUGAAGAUCUGUCCGUUCUACGAUGUGGAGCACAAGAAGGAUCCAUUCUUGCUUGCCAGCAUGUGUGGACCCCGAAAGCGGGCUCAAGAUAGCUUGGUCUCAACCUUCAGGCAUGGAUCCUGAAUACAUCCCCCCAGCUUCCUCCCCCAGGUCUCUCAAAGGAGUACUGGGAUCUGGGUUGUAGAGAUUAUUAUGUGGGCACCCCAUAAGAAAAUUCCCUUUGGAAACACAAAAUCAACCUUUUGCUGUUCUGUUUGGAAUAUGUUGCAUCAUUUUCCUUCAGUAUUUUAGCAAUACUAAAAAAAAAAAAAAUCAGUACUUCAUUCAGCUGAUUGCUGAUAUCACAGGCUUUCUGUUUAUUUUUUGUGUUUCAUGCCUGCUCAUAAAUAGAGCCACCUGGAAAAAGCAAUGAUAAGAGUACUGGUUUAUAACAGGCAACCUGGCAAUCUGGAAAUCAGGGAAAAGCUACUGUCACCAUACUUUUUCCCUGAGGGAGGAAAGAGCCGCUAGAGUACCUAGUUUGGAUGAAUCUUAUCCCUCUCAGUAAGCAGAAUCAUCGACGACUACUAGCACACAGAGAAAUUCCUAGAGUGUGCAUUUGCUAGAUUACUUGAAAACUGACAGAUGUGGAGAUAGCAAGGGUACUGGUGUGCAUAGGCAUAGGAGAACAAGCCCCAAAUUGGUGGAUGAGUUACAGCUAUAUAGAUCGGUUUCAGAGGAACAGCCGUGUUAGUCUGUAUUCGCAAAAAGAAAAGGA